GCUAUUUGGCACUAGACAAUCGCACGCAAGGAUUGAAGACACCUCCUCGAUGCUUACAUUCAGAUCAUCAUCUUCUUCUUCGUCUUGGUCUCGGUCUCGGUCGUGGUCUUCGGAUCGUCGUUGCGGAGAAAGUCUGUAAUCAAAUUUCCCGAUCGAGGUUCUAUCCUUGCCCAGCGUUUCAUCCGCCAAAAAACAUAUAUACUCUCCUUCUCCAUCUCUCUCGACUUCUUCACUGGACCGUCGCCCCACUCGCGCACCUCCGCCUCCCCCAAAGAGGAGAAGUUCUUCGAGCAAAGAGUCGGUCCGCCAUCUCCUCCCCGAUGGCGAUCGCCGUCCUCGUCUGGGCUCUGAUCGCCGGCCUCCUCCCGUCCCUCGCUCUCCUCUUCGCUUCGCGCGUCGCCUCCUGCCGCGCGACCCGGAAGCGAGCCGUCGGGUUCUUCCACCCGUACACCAACGACGGCGGCGGAGGGGAGAGGGUGCUGUGGUGCGCCGUCAAGGCCGUGCAGGAGGAGCGCCCCGAUCUCGACUGCGUCGUCUACACCGGCGAUCACGACGCGUCUCCCGAUAGCUUGACGGCCCGCGCGGUCGAUCGGUUUGGAGUCAAGCUGCUUCGUCCUCCUGAGGCUGUCCAUCUGUGGAAGAGGAAGUGGGUCGAGGAAACUACUUACCCACGUUUUACUAUGAUCGGCCAAAGUCUUGGUUCCAUGUAUCUUUCAUGGGAAGCGUUGUGCAAGUAUACUCCACUGUUCUAUUUUGACACCAGUGGAUAUGCUUUUACAUAUCCUGUUGCACGAAUUUUUGGAUGCAAAGUUUUGUGCUACACUCAUUACCCUACUAUCAGCACGGACAUGCUAUCUCGUGUUCGCCAGCGGGCUUCUACCUAUAAUAACAAAGCUUCGAUAUCUCAGAGUUUUUGGCUAUCCAGAUGUAAAAUCAUAUAUUACACGAUUUUUAGCUGGUUGUAUGGGUUUGUUGGGUCCUGCACACAUCUUGCAAUGGUUAAUUCUUCAUGGACAAAAUCGCAUAUUGAGAAGCUUUGGAGAAUUCCUGAUCGAACUAAGCGAGUUUAUCCUCCAUGCGAUACAUCAGGACUGCAGGCACUUCCCUUGGAAAGACCAGUUACUGCACCAACUUUCAUUUCUGUAGCCCAGUUUCGUCCAGAGAAGGCACACGUUCUUCAACUUGAGGCAUUUGAGCUUGCUAUCAGAAAAUUAGAUGCAGACAUGCCAAGGCCUAAGCUCCAAUUUGUGGGAAGUUGUCGGAAUAAGUCAGAUGAAGAUAGGCUAGAGAGUUUGAAAAUCAGAGCAGUUGAACUAAAAGUUGAAAGGGAUGUGGAGUUCCAUAAGAACGUAAUGUACAGGGAUUUGGUAAAACUUUUAGCAGGUGCAACUGCAGGACUGCAUUCUAUGACGGAUGAGCAUUUUGGAAUAAGCGUGGUGGAGUAUAUGGCUGCUGGAGCCAUCCCGAUCGCUCAUAAGUCCGCUGGCCCAAAGAUGGACAUUGUUUUAGAAGAAGAUGGACAGCAAACUGGAUUUCUUGCCCAAAAUGUUGAAGAAUAUGCUGAUGCCAUCCUGAAAAUCAUAAGGAUGCCAGAAUCUGAGAGAUUCAAUAUGGCUGCAGCAUCGAGGAAGCGAGCGAGCAGAUUUUCUGAGCAAAGAUUUUAUGAAGACUUCAGGGCUGCAAUUCGGCCAGUAAUGGGUACUUCAUCAUCUUAAACACGUUAUCUUGUAACAGUGAGCAAGAGGCUUAGUUGUAGCUUUAGGUACAAAGGAGCAGUCGGAUUUUUCCUUUUUUUUGUUCACCAGAAGACGGGUCCUCCUAAGUCUGAUAGCAUGGCGGCUGAUCUUAGGAAUAGAGUAAAGGCGACUAUCUUUGACAAGGACACAACAAAGUUGUCAUUUCUUUUACACAAUCAUUCGUUGAUCUCCCAUCUGUGAUGCUCCAACGGACCACACGACGCUUCCUUAGGAGUGGCUGACGUUCUCUCUUGCUAAUGGAAAGUGAAAUCCCAUGUAUAGGUUUGAUGUAUCGAGUUCAUGUUCCAAUUUGAUGCGGCUUCAAGGUUGAUGAAUGGUACGAAAGACUUAUUUUUA